UAUACAGAAAAAGGAGAAAAGCAUGAACAUGGAAGAUUCCUCAGAUUUCAUUCCAUAACACUGUGGGUGAGCAAUGCAAAACAGGCUGCCUCAUUUUAUUGCAAUAAAAUGGGGUUUGAGCCCCUGGCCUACAAGGGCCUAGAGACCGGGAGUAGGGAGCUGGUUUAUCACGUUGCCAAACAAGACAAGGUCAUAUUUGUGUUUGUUUCACCUCUUACUCCUGGAAAUAAAGAGUUUGGAGAACAUUUGCAAAAGCACGGUGAUGGCGUGAAAGAUGUAUCAUUUGAAGUUGAAGAUUGUGACUUUCUUGUUCAGAAAGCCAGAGAAAGGGGAGCCGUGAUAGUAAAGGAGCCGUGGGUUGAGGAAGACAAGUAUGGAAGAGUGAAAUUUGCUGUCAUUCAGACGUAUGGAGACACAACACACACACUAGUAGAGAACCUUGACUAUAAAGGCAUCUUCUUACCUGGAUUUCAUCCUCCUCUCUUCCUUGAUCCUCUGCUGCUCAAACUGCCAAGUUGCAAACUUCAUUUUAUUGACCAUGUUGUGGGAAAUCAACCA